GGCUUCGUAGCUCUCUAGCUGUCAGUCGGUAAGCAGUGGCUUCCCUACGACUUUGUCCAUGCCCAUCGUCGUGAAUGACCGUGUAUAAAACCGCGUCUCGAUUGCACGUUCGCCGAUCAUUUUCGUCAACUAAAAAGCACUCACAAUGAGCAGUUGGAAGAUCGACUCUGUCUCGCCCGCGUGAAUGGUAAACAAGUUGCGCGGGUGAUUGUGUUGUGUUCGAAGGGAGUGUCGUUAACCUCGAGCGGAGAGAGCUCGUCGAAUUAGUGGUUCCCUCGGUAGAAAUCGCGCGUAGAUACCCGACGGAGCUGUCAGUCUCGCGAAGUUCGUUGCACGUCGGUCGUUCGAUCAGAAUGUCGGCGUCGGUAGCGUUCCCGGCGUCGCGACAGUGAGAAGAACACGUACGCGACAGUGAACCGAGUGUCGUCGAGAAAACAGCUCCAGGGUGAGCCGUGUCCAACAUCGAGAGAUUUAGAGACCACCGAGGAAAAUGGCGGACCUCGAGGCGGUGCUGGCCGACGUCAGCUACUUGAUGGCUAUGGAGAAGAGCAAGAGCACACCGGCUGCUCGUGCGAGCAAAAAGAUCAUCUUGCCUGAUCCUAGUGUGAGAAGCGUAAUGCACAAAUAUCUGGAAAAGAAGAGGGAAGUUAACUUCGAUAAGAUAUUCAAUCAAAUGUUUGGUUACCUCUUAUUCAAAGACUUCUGCGAGAAUGUGGCGGAGGAGCCGAUUCCGCAACUUAGCUUUUACGAAGAGAUCAAGGUGUACGAGAAGCUGGAAUGCCCGGAAGAAAGGAGGAUACUUGCCAAAGAGAUCUACGAUAAUUUCAUCAUGAAGGAGCUGCUGGCACACUCCCAUGAAUACUCCGCGGAAGCGGUGUCCCACGUUCACAAAUACCUUAUGAAAAACGAGGUUCCCGUUAAUUUAUUCGAGCCGUACAUAGAAGAGAUUUUUAAUCACUUAAGGGGAGAGCCGUUCAAACAGUUUCUAGAGAGCGAGAAGUAUACUCGUUUCUGUCAGUGGAAAAAUCUAGAACUGAACAUGCAGUUAACAAUGAACGACUUCAGUGUGCAUCGAAUAAUAGGAAGAGGCGGUUUCGGGGAGGUUUACGGGUGCCGGAAGGCAGACACAGGGAAAAUGUACGCAAUGAAGUGCCUCGACAAGAAGCGAAUAAAAAUGAAGCAAGGCGAAACUUUAGCGCUCAACGAAAGGAUAAUGCUUUCGGCAGUCAGUACCGGAGUGGAUUGUCCAUUUAUAGUGUGCAUGACGUACGCCUUCCAAACGCCGGACAAACUUUGUUUCAUCCUGGAUUUGAUGAACGGCGGCGAUCUUCAUUAUCACCUUAGCCAGCAUGGGGUGUUUAACGAACGGGAGAUGAAGUUCUACGCGGCGGAAGUGAUAUUGGGAUUAGAGCACAUGCAUCGUAGGUACAUCGUUUACAGGGACUUGAAGCCGGCGAACAUUCUCUUGGACGAACACGGCCACGUCAGAAUAUCGGAUCUGGGGCUAGCUUGCGAUUUUUCCAAAAAGAAACCGCACGCCAGUGUAGGAACACACGGAUAUAUGGCGCCGGAAGUCCUCUCGAAGGGAGUAACCUACGAUUCCAGUGCCGAUUGGUUUUCGCUUGGCUGUGUGUUGCAUAAAUUGUUAAAGGGGCACAGUCCAUUCAGGCAACAUAAAAUGAAAGACAAACACGAGAUAGAUCAAAUGACACUAACUAAGAACGUCGAACUGCCGGAAACGUUCUCGCGAGAUUUGCGCUCAUUGCUGGAAGGUCUGCUACAGCGAGACGUAAAUAACAGACUCGGUUGCCUCGGCGAAGGUGCGGACGAGUUAAAAGAACACGCGUUUUUCAGUGGUAUCGAUUGGCAACAAGUUUAUCUCCAGAAAUACACGCCGCCACUUAUACCACCGCGCGGCGAGGUAAACGCCGCAGACGCCUUUGAUAUCGGCUCCUUUGACGAGGAGGACACCAAGGGUAUCAAACUUACGGACGCGGAUCAAGAGCUGUACAAAAAUUUCCCUCUAACCAUCUCAGAGAGAUGGCAGGCUGAAGUAGCCGAGACUGUAUUCGAGACAAUCAAUAACGAAGCAGACAAGUUGGAAAAUAAGAAGAAAGCUAAGCAGAAGCAACGGUUCGACACGGAUGAGAAAGGAUCUGAUUGCAUUUUACAUGGUUACAUUAAGAAAUUAGGCGGCCCUUUCGCGAGUGCGUGGCAAACACGUUAUGCAAAACUUUAUCCUAAUAGAUUAGAAUUGUACCCUGAGUCGACGACGAAGCCUGAACUGGUUUUUCUUGAUCAGGUCGAGGAAGUUAGUGCGGAUCUUCAGCACGUGAAAGGAGAACAGUGUAUCGUCGUUCGUAUGAGAGACGCAAAAAUAGUACUUACGAAUCCCGAUGAAAUCAGUUUGAAAGAAUGGGCAUUGUCACUGAGAUCCGCGCACAAAUGCUCGAUGGAGAUGCUGGGUAGCAUGGCAAAGAAAGCUGGUAAGAUUUACGGGACUGAACGAGACGCGGUGAUUCCGGCAAUGCAGCGCUCGACGAACGGCAACUAGCCCAUUGCUAAAACGUGCACGCCGUCAUCAUACUCCAGUCCCACUGCCCCCCAGCAGCAGCAGCAACUUUUUUUAUACUGAUAAUCAACGCAGAGAGACGAGACACCUAGAAGAAUGUUCAACGAGUAAAUCGACCGGGUAAUUUUGGGAGGCGAUUCUUCCAAUGUAACCGGCAACCCGGAACCCGAAAGCCGGUACCCGAUAGCCGGGACUCGGAACCCGGAACCCGGAACUCGAAACCAGUACUAUCUAAGUCUCGAAACAGCCCCAAAGAAAAAAACUUCCCUUGAACGGCGGGUAGCGUCACGCUGUAUAGAGACUAUAGGAAGUAGUGUCGUACGAAUCGUCGCGUCGUUAUAUUUGUACGUUAGCUGUAUGUGCAAUGUGGCAUAGGAACUAGCGACUGAACAAUGCCCAUCGACACCCACGCGAGCGCGCGCGCUCGCGCAGAGAAUCCACACGAGAGACAUACAUGCACCACGCAUACACGUACACAUGUACACAUAAAGAACACGAAAAUGCAACCGGUAGUGUAUUAUUGUUAUAUCAAAUACGAGAUACACCCUGAAUCCCGAUUAUACUUCUAUACCGCUCGUUUACUUAAUUUAUUUACUAAUGCAGGACGAUUUUAUAUUGUCGUUACGUAAACGGUAACGCACGCGCGCGAAUUCGUUUAUUUAUUGCGUUAAAGGAAACAAGAGACGAACGAAGGAAGAACUCGAUACAGUUUGUGUAUAUUGUCGGUAGUCGAUCGAGGAUACCUGUAAUAACGAACAAAAGAAAAAAGGAAAAGUAAAUAAAUAAAUAAAACGAAAACAUCAACUAUGUACGCUCGAGUGGAUAAAGACGAGUUCGCUCCGGCAAUAAAAUUGUGCGACGAACGCAGA